ACUGGCGAUGAAUAGGUGUAUCACAUAAAGUUGAUUCGAUAUAGAUAUUACACCGACUAUUUCUUAGAGGCGGAUCCCGCUAAGGUGGACGCAACGCCAAAUUGUCACAAUGUCGAUUCUCGCCAUCCCGCAAGACCCCUUCUUACCUCGAGAAGCAGCCAGAGGACCGCUUUUCCUCGAUACGCAAGCGUGUCUCUGCGCUCUACGGGAGACGACGAAUUCAGACAGCAAUAUAGCAUGGCAGUGUAUAGGAAACCAGACGCAGGGUGUCUAUAAUGUGACGACUGGGAAGUGGUUUAAUAGUAUAGGGCCUUCUAAGAUACCCGAGGAGCUCCUCAUAUCGGACGCAACGAAUCAUCCCGACACUAGCAAGGCUUUCAUGGUAGAUAACUCUACUCAUGCCUUAAUCGAUCUCAAUCCUAGCAAACUUAGCGUCUGGGAUCGAGCAUGCACGGGCGAGAACCGCACAUCUUUCUCUACUUCUUACUAUAGGGCUGCGGCAGAACUCCAAAGAAAUGACACGCCUGUCGAUGCCGCCCCUUGUUGGCGACCCGGAGCCCUUCCGAUUACGAUUCAGAAUGCGUCGAGCUGGGAGACGAACGGGUGUAAUGAGGGUUUUCUAUGUACUAAUAACACCGUAAACUCGCUACCACAAUUCUGCGCUCCUAUAACAGAGUGUCAGAUAGCGAGACUGGCGGGCUACACUUGCACUUACAACGGUAAAAACUUCGGAAUGGGUCCUUUCGAGCCCGUUGUCUGCCAACAGGGGUAUUACUGUCCGCCCGGACGCAACGAAAUGAUUACCUGUCCGGCCGGCUCGUAUUGUCAACCCGGUGCCCCCUCGCCUACACCGUGUAGCGUUGGAAGUAGAUGCCCCGAAGGGUCGUCGUACGAAACAUUCUUAAUCCCGAUCCUCGUCUUAGUCCUCGUCGACAUCAUCAUAGCUAUACUGCUCGUUUCAUAUUACGUUCGCAAGCGCUUCUGGAGGGCCCGCGAGCAGUCCAUCGGCAACAAGCUGAAAAGGAGGACUACCUUCGUGGGAAAUGUCACGGGCUACAAGGAGAUCUCCGGCGAGGCAGAUAACGACCAUGAGAUGAUGCCGAUGCAGGCGACAUACAUGCCAGGUCAGGAUGCGUGGACCGGUUUCGAAGCUGCGCUGGAAUUCCCAACGCCGCGAAGUUCUACAUUAAACAUUACCGAAAGCGGAUUCUCGCCGCAGCUCCGAGCGUUUGUCGAGUCUAUGCGGAGAGCAACCGACGGCGCUCGCUUCGGUCUAUCGUUCGCGUAUUCCGACCUCAGCUUCCAUCCCAAAGGCAAUCCGAAGCCGAUCCUGCAAAACGUUACGGGGUCUAUCGAGCGUGGCUCUCUAACGGCGGUCAUGGGUGGUUCUGGUGCCGGAAAGAGUACAUUCGUAAACGUUCUUAUGGGGAAAACCACUAACACGGGCGGUUCGGUCAUGAUUAACAACGUGCCUGGGAAGAUCAAGAGAUAUAAGAAGCUUAUUGGUUAUGUGCCGCAAGACGAUAUCGUAUUACCUGAACUAACCGUCUACGAAAAUAUCCUCCACUCGGCGAGGAUACGUUUACCUCAAACCUGGAAGGAUAUUGACAUAAGAGCUCACGUCAACUCGGUUAUCGACUGUUUGGAACUGUCUCAUGUUCGCGACUCGUUAGUCGGCAGCGUUGGAAAGCCCGUUAUUAGCGGUGGUCAAAGGAAACGAGUUAGUAUCGGAAUGGAACUCGCCGCAGCUCCUAUGGCCAUCUUCCUCGACGAGCCUACCAGCGGUCUCGACGCCACGGCUGCGUCCUCUAUCAUGCGAACACUUAAAGCGAUCGCACGACUAGGCAUCUCCGUUAUUGUCAUCAUCCACCAACCGCGUAUGGAGAUUUUCGAAAUGCUCGACGACCUCAUCUUACUAGCAAACGGACAGAUCAUCUACGAGGGACCGGAGGCUGGCGUGCAGGAGUUCUUCGAAACCGUCGGAUUCAGCUUCCCCCCGCACAGCAAUUUUGGCGACGUUGUUACGGAUAUUAUUACUGGAAAUGGCAGGAUAUAUAAGCGGACCGGAGACAUUUCGAAGGAGGCGCUGAUUGCAAAUUGGGCACAGUCGAGUAGAAACGCGUCGAUUAAGGAAAAGCAUGCUUCGGUCAGGUAUUCAAGGACAUCUAUCGCGGAAAAUAAUUCAAAGGGCAGAGAACUACUAAGGAAGCGAGGUGCGCCGCGUUGGAAACAGCUUUGGUUAUGUCUAUCGCGCGCCAUGCUCCAGCAAUGGCGGACAAAGUCGGCAUUCUGCUUCGAGAUGGGCCUGGCUACGGUGGCAGGGCUACUCCUUGGAUUGGCCGAGAACUCGAAAAAGGGCGUACUAUUCACCGGAAUCUACAAUGCGCCGUAUGAUGUCCUAUCUCUAGCAACGGAUAUCAAGUCUGUUCCCGAACUGGCGCUUCUAAUGGCCAUCGCCAUUGGUCUCGUGGCCUCUGCACCCGGCGUCAAGGUCUUUUCCGAAGAGAUGCUGCUAUACCGCCGAGAAUCCGAAGCAGGCCACUCGCGCAUCGCAUAUUACCUCGCGAAGAACAUCUCCGUCAUACCUCGCAUGGUGUUCGCCUGCAUGCACUUCUCGACGGUAAUCCUUCUGCUCUCCGUAUCUAUUAUCCCGUGGGCCACGGCCUUCCUCGCGAACCUCGUGUACUUCUACUGCAUCUACGGCCUCGCUAGCUGCAUCAGCAUGGUAGUCCGACGAGAAGACGCGCCUCUGAUAGCGACCAUGAUCAGCCUGAUCGUCGGCAUAUUAUCGGGCGCUGCGCCGCCUUUGUCCAGCGUCAAGGAUUGGCACGUGGAGUGGUUAUGGCGAGCGUCGCCGGGUACGUGGCUUGCCGAGCUGUAUUUCGGACAGCUCGUCAGCCCGUUCCGGUAUCUCUACAAUGUGGAGUUGGCUGCGCAGCAGGUGGGCUUCCAUCUGGACUGGCAUUGGCGUAAUAUGGGAUAUUUACUUGCUAUCGGCUCUAUAUACCGCGUUCUUGCGUAUCUUGGCUUGCUUGUGGGAAGCCGGUUGCGCGUAUAGAAAGGUGGAAAGGGAUGAGUUAAUUACCUACCUAUAUAUUGGGUAUUUAUAUAUAGACAGCACGUGGUAUCAAAGGGAGCAUGUUACUGGGAAAGGUCACAAGCUUGUGAUAAUUAUAUAUAUAUUAUGUACGCCUCCCUAGUUCAUGGGUUAUCUUGCAUGAUACUUAGCAUACCG